AUGGACCACGACCGAGUCAACGAACGACUCAAAUAUUUACCGAAAUCUCAACGGAAAAUGCCAAAAAAAUACGGAUAUUACACGAAUGUAGAAUCCAGCUUUGGUUUAGGUUUAGGGUUCGGCCAACAGUAUAUUUCUGUGGGUUCUGAUACGUGCUUUGAUAGGAACGACUUGGUUUUUGAUAACAGAAGGAGGCCUGAUAAGUUCUUGUUUCUGGGAAAUGCUCUAGUGGAAGAAUUUAUGCAGAAGGAUGAGGAGAGACAUAGCAGAUUAUCCCGUCCGCUGACAGCUUGGAAAGCUCCAGAAGUUGGAUGGGUUAAAAUCAAUACAGACGCAGCUUGCAAUAUCGCUGAAGGUAUGAUAGCUUGUGGAGUAGUUGCCAGAGACAACAUGGGAAGAGUUUUAAAAAUGGGGUCCAGGUUCCUUCAAGGGGUGCAGGAUGUAGAAGCAGCAGAACUGCAUGCUCUCAGAUUCGGUAUGGAGAUUGCUAUAGAAGCUGGGUUCUCUAAAGCUCACUUUGAGUCGGAUGCCUUACUGGCUAUAAAUCGCGUCAGAGAUCUUGGAAACGCGAUUGAUCAAAACCAGUUAAUUGCAGAUGACAUUGUGAUAUUAGGAAGUCAUUUGGAUCUCUCUUCCUUCUCCCAUAUUCGAAGGGAAGGUAAUAGACUAGCAUGCUACAGCUAG